GCUUCAAACCGGUUUAAACGCCUGGCAACAAAAGCCGGAGCUCGCGCAGAACACACCGCACAAUGAUGAAGGACAGACCGGGAUGUUUCAGCCCAACACAUCCACAAUCAGUCAUUUAGAUCAUAGCGCUCAUCUCACAUUAGGACACAAUGAUAUGAUAGGACAUUUAAAAUCAUAACGGUGGAGAGCCAGUUCAACAUCCUGAACUGAAUUUACCACAGAAAUCAUCAUCAUUUCCCGGUCGCUGGGGAAAGUGUAAACAUGAGCGCCCGGAACAGUAAGCAAGCCCCGGACGGUGGAUGGGGUUGGGCCAUUGUGGUUGCCUCUUUCAUGGGUCAGCUCCUGGCCUACGGCUCGCCCCAGUCCGUGGGGGUGCUUUACCCGGAAUGGCUGAACACCUUCCAGGAUGGCAAAGGCAUGACAGCAUGGGUCGGCUCUCUCGUGUCUGGGGUCGGACUCAUUGCUAGUCCCAUCUGCAGUGCCUGUGUUGUGAACUUCGGGGCCAGACCUGUGACCAUCUUCAGCGGGGUCAUGGUCUCCGGAGGGCUUAUGCUUAGCGCUUUUGCACCCAAUGUUCAGUUUCUCAUAUUUUCCUAUGGGAUAGUUGUUGGACUAGGCUGUGGACUUGUUUAUGCUGCUACUGUAACCAUCACUUGCCAGUAUUUUGACAAAAGACGAGGUCUUGCUCUCGGCAUUGUUACAACAGGUACAAGUAUUGGAGGUUUUCUCUACGCUACGGCGCAGAAUGAGUUCAUUGCACUCUUUGGACUCGACGGCUGCCUUUUGCUUAUUGGCUGUUUUGCACUAAACAUCAUCGCCUGUGCUGGACUCAUGAGACCACUGCACCUGCCGGCCUACUACCUGAAACAAAGAGCAGCGCUGGCCGAGAAGGCCGAGGAGAAGGUUCUAGAAAAGACCCCUGUUGUGGAGGACCCCAUCAAAAAAAAUCAGUCCGUCAACGUUCUGAUCACAGGAGAGACGAAAGAGCCUCCACCGUACGAGAACAGCUUUCUGAGUUAUGUGGCGUUGGUGCGGCUCACGAAGAAGAAACAGAAGGAGUACUCCGAAUACUUGAACUCGACAGGGGAACUGCUUCAGAACAGGGUCUUCUUGGCCACAUGCAUGUCUUUAUUUGCGUAUUGCCUAGGUGCGUACACUCCUCUUCUCUUCCUGGAGGAUUUGGCCCAGAGCGAGGGUCUCAUCAAUGGCAUCAGCACCAUCCCGCUGGUCUCGAUCAUGUCCAUUGCUGCUGGAGUGGGGAAGCUGCUGCUGGGAGUCAUGAUGGACAUCCGCUGGAUGAACAGCAUCUUUCUGUACGCCUUCACCCUGCUGGGCACGGGGGUGGCUCUUCUCAUAAUCCCCGUCACCAAGAACUACGCUGGGCUGCAGGUCAUCUCAGCGGUGCUGGGGUUUUUUUCCGGAAACUGGUCCGUCAUGCCCUACAUGACCACUAAGGUUGUGGGAAUGGAUCGUCUGACUGAGGCAUAUGGGAUCUUGAUGUUCUUUGGUGGAUUUAGUAUAAUGCUCGGACCACCUGUCGCAGGCUGGAUUUACGACUGGAUGCACUCCUACAAUCUGGCGUUCUACUUCAGCGGGAGCUUCAUGCUGCUGGGAGGAGCUGGCCUUUUUCUCUCGGCUUUGACCUGUUGGAACAAGAACCAGGAAGAAACCAACACACCAGACACAGAAUACACAAAUGAUUUUGACAAAGUGGCAACGGUGGCCUGAAGCAUAAAUACAAGAUUAACUGCUGUACAGAAGAUGAAUCCUCACUCUCCCUAUUUACAAAAGGCUGAAGCGUACAAUAUUCUGAACAUGUCAGCUGGAUGUUUUUCCUCAGCAUGAUACACUGAAGAAUUCUAGAAAAUGAAGAAAGGACUGUGCUUAGACUGGUUAUUUGUGGCCUUGUUUUAAGAGGCUCUGGUCCUGCAUUCAGAACACAUAGGUUUUCUUUUAGAUUUGUCUUGUUUACUGUAUGGAUGGUAGUUGAGUAAAUUGAGAUAGGAGUCUUCAGUGCCAUGUGUCACCAAUCUUAGAAAAACAAACAUUUCAACCAUCUCAAGUUUUCAACCAUCUCAAGUUUUAUGAGAUGACUGUAUUGUUUUUUUAUGUAUAGACCUACAGAACUUCACUACACUAAACUGCAAAUAAAUAUAAUUUUUGGCAUUUGUUUAACUAUUUCACAAUCUGAAAAAAAAUCUGCAGUAUUUGGAAGGGUGAUAAUCAAUGUCUUGUGCUGUACCAAAGUUUUGAUUGUCGUUGGUUUAUUUAUUGUAUUUGAUUUGUGUGUCUGUUCAUAGGGGUCAGACAUGCAGCACUAGACUAAUUGUGCUUUUAUGUUGAUACCUUGGUUUUUUGUUGUUUUUUGCCUUGUUAUGAAAAAGUUGGAUUUCUUAGUGACACAGACUAUAGUCUGUAGCUGAUUUAAAACCACAUGCUAUAAAGCAAUAUGUAUUUGUGAAAAUGCUGUCAGAUUGUUUUUUAUAGCAGUUUAGCUAUCUUUUAAUUUCUUUAUUUGUAUACUUUUUGAAAUACCAGUUCUUAUUGACUGUUUUACACAUUUUGCAAUAGACUGUGUAUGUUUGUAUUUGUACUGCUUUCUGUUUGUUUUCCUUUUUUCAACUGUGGCAAGAUAUUUUAACUUGAAAUAUGUUUUUAUUAUAUUAAUAUUCAAGGAAAAGUUUGUUCCACCACUGUUAAUAUUGUUAAGGAAACCAUCACAGAAAACAUUUUUGUUAUGGCACCUUUAGGUGUAGUGCCAUUAUUAUUUAUGUUCCUUUUAUUGUUUUAUUUGCAUUUUUAUGGUUUUUAUUAUUAAAGUAUUGAUGAAAUAA